AUAAUGUGUAGUUUUCCGGGUUGCCUGUCUGUUUGCCUAAUGUCAAAACAAUUUUGUUUACAUCCUUCGUUGUGCGUGCUGUGCAGUUCGAUUAAGAUAAAAAAGUAUUUUUUCACGAUUUCCUAAAUCAUGGAUAUAGGAGAGCUUCUUUCAUUUAAACCAGAGCAAACACCGAAGCGACCGUCCGAUUUUGAUGAAGAUGACGACGAAGAUUCAUCGGAUCCUAGACCGGUCGCCAGAGCAGAACCGCCACCAAAAGUGAGACGAGAUGGCGCAGCAUCAAAUGUACGGGCAGCAAAUCCGCAAGUGGCCCAAAAAGAACCCCAAAUCAGUGAGCAAGAACGGCUUGACAUUCUCAAGUACGUUGAAUCGGAGGAAGCCGAAGGGGAAGUAUUGGACGAGGCCAGCCUGAAAAAGAUUCUGCUGCUGUUCGAAAAACGAGUGCUGAAAAAUCAAGAGAUGCGAAUUAAGUUUCCCGAAAACCCGGAAAAAUUUAUGGAAAGUGAAAUCGAGUUGAAUGAUGUGCUGCAAGAGCUUCAUUCGGUGGCCACGGUUCCGGACUUGUAUCCACUGCUAGUCGAAUUGAAUGGCGUUUCUAGCUUAUUGGAACUGUUAUCACACCAGAACACAGACAUAAGUGUCGCAGUUGUUGAUUUGAUCCAAGAAUUAACGGAUGUCGAUAUUUUACACGAAAGUCUGGAUGGUGCCGAAACCCUUAUCGAGGCAUUGAGGAAUCAGCAGGCUGCCGGUCUACUGGUUCAAAACUUGGAAAGAUUGGAUGAGACAGUUAAAGAGGAAGCAGAUGGUGUGCAUAACACGUUGGCCAUUUUUGAGAAUUUGAUGGAGAUCAAAUCUGAAAUCGCCAAGGAAAUAGCCGAACAGGGUUUGAUGCAGUGGAUCUUGAAACGGCUGCGAAUGAAGAUGCCGUUCGAUGCCAACAAGCUCUAUUGCAGCGAAAUCUUAUCUAUUCUACUACAGGAUACCAACGAAAACAGAAUUCUGCUGGGCAAUUUGGAUGGAAUUGAUGUUCUUCUACAGCAAUUGGCAGCCUACAAAAGACAUGAUCCGUCUUCUACUGAAGAACAAGAGUUCAUGGAAAAUCUGUUCAACAGUCUAUGCUCCGCCCUGAUGGCAUCCGAAAACCGUGACAAAUUUCUUAAAGGCGAAGGACUUCAAUUGAUGAACCUGAUGCUGCGUGAAAAGAAGCUCUCGCGUAACGGAUCGCUCAAAGUGCUUGAUCAUGCCAUGUCCGGACCAGAUGGUCGCGACAAUUGCAACAAGUUCGUAGACAUCCUUGGCUUGCGAACUAUUUUCCCACUCUUCAUGAAGACGCCAAAACGCAAUAAGAAACGACUUUUGAGCACUGACGAACACGAAGAACACGUGGUGUCUAUUGUAGCAUCAAUGUUACGCAAUUGCAAAGGCGGACAAAGACAGCGGAUGCUGACAAAAUUCACCGAAAACAAUUUCGAAAAGGUUGAAAGGCUGAUGGAACUUCAUUUCAAGUACCUGGAUAAGGUCGAAAUUGUGGACCGCGAGAUUGAUCAACAAGUUAAUGCUGGUGAAAUUGACGAAGACGAGGAUGCCAUCUACGUGAAACGACUAUCAGGAGGGCUGUUCACUCUACAGCUAAUUGAUUACAUCAUACUAGAGGUAAGUUCAACCGAUGUGGUGAAACAACGCAUUCUUCAGAUUUUGAACUUGAGAAACGCUUCAAUGAAAACUAUUCGGCACGUUAUGCGCGAAUAUGCUGGUAAUCUGGGCGAUGCCGGUGAUUCCGACUGGCGAGAGCAAGAGCAGGCUUAUAUCAUUCAGUUGGUUGAUCGUUUUUAAGCACAAUUUAAUAAUCGUUGCAUUAAAUAUAUGUCUGAGGUAAGUGAGAGUAUCAUA